UUACUCGACGUCUCGUGUGAAUCGGUCAUACAGCCAGCUAUCACGAAAUUCUCCUCAGACAAUUACGCAGAGAAUACAAAUCGCGGAUGAGUCAUGUAUUACACUCAAAAUCUUUUAAUCAAGAAAAUGGCAGACGCGAAGAAAACAGAAAACUCCGCGAGCCUACCUCACCUCGAGGUGCUAGACCGAGUGAAAAAUAUUCCGGUAGUUCAUUCGGCAAUUGAGAAGACUGGAUCUACAUAUUCUUUUCUGAAGGAUUCUCAUCAUUUGGUAAAUUGGGCGUUAAAUCAGGCCGAAGCGGGACUGAAUUACGCUACCGCCACAGCUGUGCCACUUGCUGCGCCAUUGGCCAAGAAAUUCGAAGGACAGAUCAGUGCCGUCGAUCAGAAACUAUGUGAGGGCCUAAGCAUCGUCGAACAAAAAGUUCCAAUUGUGAAGGAACCACCUCAGCAGAUAUACGAUGCCGCCAAAGCGGUUAUGAGCAGCUCCUUGCAGCCCACCAUCGAAAAACUUCAAACGGCAAAGGAAUCAGCCACGCAACAGGCAUCUACAUUAAAAGAGACCAGUAUAGCUAAAGCGAACGAGCUUCUAAACACGCAAUACGGCAGCAUGGCUGUACAAGGCGUUGACAACACCAGCGUGCUCGUCAAUCGUUUAUUGGACCAUUAUUUCCCGCCCGUUGAAGGAGAAGAGAGCAUGCCAAAUCCGGUCUCCGCGGACGAGAACAAAGUACUUCAUGCGGUGCAAACAAUUGGUCAGCUGUCAACGAAAACCGCUAAUCGCGUUUACCAUUCAAUUGCUGCGCAAUUGAAGACAAUAAAAAAGGAAGAUGUAUCGACAUACAUAUCCAGCGUGGUAUCAAUUCUUCACCUCACACAAUUCUUGAAUCUUGGGCAGAAACAGGAGGAGACAAACAGCCCGACGGAGAAAAAGGACGAGGAGAAAAAAUAAACUGAGAGUUAGAAAACGUUUCAUUCGUUUGUUCAAUGCGUUUAUACGCAUUCAAAUAGCUGCAUAAUUUAAUCAAUUUGUUACGCACUAUGAAAGAAAUCACUAUUUAAGAGAAAUAUAAAAAUACGAAAAAUAUAUAUCAAUUAAAGUGAUUGAGAAAAUUUUUAUAUUUGUAUAUAGAUUGAAUCUAUUGUACAUUUCGAGGAAGACUUUUUAAUACUUUUUUAAACAAAAAAUUCUAUUAAAGAGAUGUCAAUAUCAAAGAAGAAAAAUUUUUUACUUGAUGUUUGAAAAUCUGUGAUUUGUUAGUCUUUUGAAUGCAUUUCAAUACAUUUAUCUGCACUAUUUAGGAUUUUUAAUUUUGUACUUAAAAUUGAAAUGAAUUGAUAUUUAUGUCUGUUGUAUCAUUUUUACUUCUUAUUCAUAGCUGUUUCAUGCAACGCUGUUUCAGAGAUAAGACUAGUCAGAGAUUGUUAAAAAUUUUUCAAAUGUGUUAUUUAUAAUUUCUCAAUAUAUGGAUAAUGCAAAAACAAAUUAGAUAAUACUAUUAACAAUACAUCAAAAAUAUAUAAUCAUCUUAGAUUAGUCUUGAUUAGUCUUGUCUCUGAAAACAAACUUGGCACUCGAAAAUAGUUACGCAAUAAGAAGAAAUGAUAAUAAAUACAGCAAUCGAUACAGUUCGUCCGAUCGAUACAAUCGACACCAUUUCAAUUUCAAGUCCAAAAAUGUAAAUUAUGGACAGUACUGUUCUAUAUUUGUAAAUAAAUCACGUCAUACAUUAAUAUUUAUACGUAAAUCAUGAUUUUGUGGCCAGUAAUAUAUGUUACGUAAUUUUAAUAAAAUUUUCUACACAUAUGACAAAUUUAUAUUAAUAAAAUUAUAAAAUUCUAUUAACUUUUAUAAAAAGAAAUUAAACUCCGAUGCAUUAUUAUUAAAAUCACAUUAGUUAAUGCAUGAUAUAUAUGUACAUGUAUUUUGAAUAUUUUGAAUACAAAGCAUAUUAUGGUAAAGAAUUUGAGGAAUAAUUAUGCAAAUAUAUAUUUUAUGAAAUAUUAUGUAGAUGCAUUUUGAAAUAUAUAAUUUUGAAGAAAA